AUGGCUAAUGAUUCUCUAACAGUUAAAGUAGAAAUGAACGAAGUGGCAACGACAAAAUCAUCAUUAUCACCAAAUGAAGAUGAUUGGGAAACAGCUAUUGAUAGUGGCGAAUUUGAUAAGCGUAUUGAACAACAAGAAAAAGCAAGAAAAAACGAGCAACAGAAUGAGGCAUCCUUGAUAACUGGAAAUAGUCAGCAAAGUAACGAUCAACCGUCAGACAUCAAACCUUCAAAAAUUGGUUCCAAUGGACCAAUACGUAUCCUGAAACGGCCGCCUAGUCAGCCACAGAUAAAUGGGACUUAUUCAGUAGCAGCGCCAGCCAAUAAUAACAGUAAUAAUUACACAACAUCGCCAAACAACUCACAACCAGUAUCUCCUUCUCCUAAUAAUGGUCCCGUUGUUUCGAUUAUUCGUAAUACAGUAAAAAGUAAUCCAUCUCAUUCAUCAUCUAGUAAUUCGACAUCAACAAAUUCAAAACAGCCGCCAAUAAAAACAUAUGAACAACGUGAAUUAGAAUAUCGGUUAGCUCGUUUAAGGAUUAUGGGAACAGAGCAAGAUGAAAAUGCCGAAGAAGAGAAAAAAGAGUUACCAUUACCAAUAAUGACGGACGAACCGAACAAAAGCAACAAUAGUACUACAAGAACUAAAUCACAAACACAAUCAUUCGGUCAAUCAAAUUCAACACCGGGUAGUUAUGCAUCGGAUUUAUUUCAAUUAAAUAAUGGUGCAACCAUCAAUCUUAUACCAGCACAACAAUCGACAACAUUCACUACAUCAAGUAAUUUUCUUCCGCAACAUCAUUAUUCAAUACCAUAUCAACCUGCAACAACGACAACGACUCUAUAUUUAACCUCAACAGCUCCUUUUAUCACCUCUCCAGUUUCCAGCACUCAUAUAACACAAACUUGGCAACAUAGACAGCAGUAG